AAGGAGGAUGUGUCCAGCGACCACGCGCUGUCGCGUCUCGCCAGCAGCCACGGUUUUCCGGGGCGGCCUGGUUCUGGCGCUGGUCACCGAGGUUGAGCCACUGCUGCACGCGCACAACUCGGGACGAAGUCUGCCCGCGAUGCGCAGGCGACUACGCGGCGCAACGAUCGGACACCGCGGCGCCAAACGUGUGCGCGAUGAGGUGCCGCGUUCCCGCCAGCUGCCAGCUACAGCGAGCUAACUCAGAAUGAGCAGCGACGUCUCACUAAGCAGCGGCGGGGAGUCAUGGCCUCCCAUCAAGAGCGCGCAGCGGCAGCUCACCAUUUCAUGGAUCCAAGUCAUCACCGGGAUUGUGCAGUUUUACUGUGUAAUGUGUCACUGUGUAAUUCUCAUGCUCAUUGCCGUAUGGAUGGUCAUCAAAGAAGUUUCGAAGCGCUUAACAGUGCUUUGGACCUCGUGGUACACUGGAUUCAAGGAAAAGAGACCCGCCGCGCUGGCGUUGCUGUUGGGAGCGAUUCACAUGACGAUGAUGUCCAAGAUAGUACUAGAACCGCCACCAUCAGAAGAUCCAGAUGGUGCAGAAGGUGCAGUAGAUACGGAAGACGCAAGCGAUGAAAACGAGAAGUGCAGCGAAGAACUGGCCGAGGUCCUCGACGUGGCCGAAGACAGGCAAGAAGAGUCCAUCUCGUCAGCACUGACCGUUAGCGCGAGCACAUCGGGAGUGUGCAGUAGCAGUUCGCCCCCGGAAUCGCGCGUCGCCGAUGUCACCGAAUCCGAAAGCACUACGUCCCUGGACACUCGGCCGCAGAACCAGCAAGUCGCCAAGCGUGCCCCGUGUAGCAUCAGCGCGGUGGUUGAAGACAAAUACGCUUGCGGACUAAACAGAUCAACCUCGUCCUCGGCAAUGUCUAUAGAAGACCUCGAUGUCUCGAGUGACGACGACGGCGCGGAUGGUUUCGACGAACGCAGCAAAUCUAGCAGCCAACGCCCAAAAUCCACGAACGCUUCUUGUACUGGGUCCUGGAAGCUAAAGUCUGCUUUCCAGAAGGCGAGUGGCAAGUCCAACGAAAUCCAAAGCUGCUUCUCGAAGUCCAAGGCACCGACCAGUCAAGCUCCGUGCCCGGAGAAGAGCAAGUUCUCACUGGGUCCUGUCAUCAGCAACCUGCGGCGCGUUUGCACGCGCACUCUGAACGCCAUCAACAAGGAGCUCACCGAGUGCAUGUCUCCGCAAAGCCAGAAGUCGCGCAGCAAGAAGACCGAGACGCCAGUGCGGGACACGUCACAGAUACCGUUGAGCCGAGAGGUGCAUCAGCAGCAGCCCCAGUCGGAAGUCAACCGUGACGCCUCCAAGGACCUCUCGGUUCCGGAGCAGAGGACUUCUUUGCAGUCUUCGUGGAAUGACGUGUGCUCCAGCGGUACACGGACAUCUUCCGAUUCCCUCGGCGAAAUGCACCGGGGCCUGUUGGACUCCUUCUCCGAAGCGGAUUCUUCGGACUUUCCCAAUCGCCAGUCUGCGGACCAUCAUUUUGGUGACGCGGCACCAGAGGAGAAGCCGACACCCUUCAGUGCGGACGCCAUUCGUACCGAAGGUAAUUUCGAAAAGGGCGACUCUGACUGGGCGAGGCAAAACUCGGCGUCGAACGCCUUCUUUAACAGCGAAAGCGCCGGCACGAAUGCGUUCGGGACUGUUUUUCAGACCGACAGCCACUCGCCUGGAUGGGAGUUCCAGACGUGAAAAAAAGAAAGGGGUGAUGGUAGUGUCAAUUGCUGUACAUUGAUGUGUUGUCUCGUUCUGUGGUCGGGUAAACAGUGAAGUGCUCUUGUGUUGAGAUGUGCAAUCAUGCCUGUCAUACUGUGUGCGAUUGGUUUCCGCCAUCAUCACUCAUGACACAGUGCAAGCAGAGCUUUAGAUGCCCAUAAACACAAUAAAAUGCAGCUGAAGCAGCAAUUGCAAUACAUCCCUAUCUCUAUGGUCUUUUGCGAGUUGCAUACUCAAGCUUAGAGCUGUUGUGAUUCCUUCACCACAGAACGAAUACCGUAAUUGUUUUCAUGGACGAUACCGAAUACUAGCGAUUCUAGCAACUGAUAUUUUUAACUAGGCUAAUGAAACUGGCCUAUUGCCGUCAGGAUGACACUUAUUUAUGAGCACAAAGACAAGUGCGAACGUUCAUUUUUUAAUUUUUUUUAUUUAAAACACCCUAAGGACCACAUGGCGUUAAAGAGGGCAGUGGCUACAUAGUAGUAGUGUAAAGCAAAAAAAUAAGUGCAGUCACUUGUGUUAAUACAGCGAUUUUCCUGAUCAUACAAUGAUAGCUAUUGUUUCGCGGAAAAGUUUGUUAUCGGUGAUGCCUACGAUAUUGAGGGAAGGUAGUUCCAUUUCUGAAACGUAUGGGGGAUGAGAGACUGAAAGAAAGACUUCGUGCGACAUGAAUCAUUUCCUACCUUACUACGAUGAUCGACGCGGUUUGAAAUGUACUGAGGCCGCAGGAUGAAAUCGUCGUGAAGCGUGGUGUGAUUAAAAAUUUCAUGAAACAGCGAAA